AUGAAGGCUCGCGCCAUCGUCCUACUGGACCUCGACUACUUCUACUGCCAAGUCGAGAUGCUCCGCAACGGGCUUCCGGCGGAGCGGCCAGUCGCCGUAACCCAAAAGUUCCUCGUCGUGACAUGCAACUACCCUGCUCGUUCCUCGGGUGUUGCAAAAUUGAUGCGGACGACGGAGGCCGUAGCUCGCUGCCCCGAUUUGCGGCUGAUAGCCGGUGAGGACCUGACGCCGUAUCGCGAGGCGUCUGAUGAGGCGAUGCAGGCGCUUCGCGCCUUUGGGCCG